AUGUUUCAAUUCCCUCAGAGCAGAGAAGAUUUCAUGCUCUUUGUUCAGCAGGUGGCGAGGGAGGAUGUAAAGAAGUGUCUGGCUGGUAUCACAACCACUCAUCCCGAGUUGGUGCAACAAUUUGUGAGUGUUUCACCAAAGCAACAACCCUCUCCGACACUUUAUCAACAACCUCCUUUCAUACAACAGCAACCUGUAAUAUCUAAUAAUCAACCAUCUUCAUCUCCUCCUCCAAAAUUCUCCUCUUAUUCAACCACACCAGCAACUAGUAAUCAGGAAUAUACAUCACAUCUUUCUAGAAAUGUCUCAACGAAUCAAAAUACAGCUCCUUCUCAAACUAAGAAUAAUCCAACACCAAACUCUAAUCAUCAACAACAUGUAAAUACUCCCAACAGAUCCAGCACAACAACUCCAAAAACAGUGUCACCCAAUAGUAAGCGAGUUCAACCACCAGUAGCUGCAACAAAUAAAUCUGCAUUGAAAGACAAGUCGCCCUCGCCUAAUGAAAAGGUGAAGAAAUCACCAACAGAAGGAAAACAGGUGACAAUCUCCGAGAGACUACUAAAGCCAACCAUAUCAAUGCAGAAAAAGUUUGAAAAAGGUCAAGUUAAAAAGCCAACUUCUGAAAAACAAUUUAAGGACCUAAGAAAGGAGCAAAACAAGUCAACUUCCUUAUUAUUAAAGAAGAAACCUAUUACUCCAAAGAAGGAUGCUAAAAAAUCGAGCCCAAAACAAAAUAUUUCAAAAACUGUCUCUAACGAAAGUAAUAUCAGCACAGCAGAAAGGGAACAGGAAAAUUCUGAAGACGAAUCAAACAUUGACAAUUCUCAAGAAGAGGAAUAUCAUGAAGAAAUUAUUGAAACCAAUUUGGAUAUUAGUAAUAUUUCGAAUGAUCCUUCAGAAUCAUAUCAUUCAAAUGAAUCUCAAUCAACAACACCUAAGAAAUCUCAACCUGCUUCAGCAAGUUCUUCACCUAAAAAUCAGAAUUCUUCCACGAAUUCCAUCCAACAACCUCCAUCACCAAAAAUAUCACCUAAGAGAGAAGUUUCUCAGCCAGUAAUUGUGAAUCAAUCAAACAGUGUACAAUCCAAACCUUCCGAAAAAUCCCUUAUUUCCAAUCAAACUCAACCCAUCAACAGGACAAGUCCAACAAAAAGCAACACCACAAAUAACAAUUCUGAACAGCCAUCAAUUUCUUCAAUUUCAAAUCAUUCGAAUAAUCCUCAAUACGAUCAAUUGGAAGAGAUGGUUCUUAAUGACCUCCUCAACGAGCUUGUAAGAGAAGAACACUUGGCAAACAAGAAACGAGCUCAUCAAGAAAUCAAACUGAUUGAAAAAAAGAAUCAACAAAACGACAAGUAUGACGAAAUUCUAAAGCUAUUAACUCAAUUAGAACAGGACGAACAGUCGAUACGAAAGAGAUUUACGAAUAAGAAUUAUUUAUUGGACAGCACAAUGAAUAGUGAGACAAGUACAAGUACAACAGAGGAGGUGGGCGAGGAGGGGACAUAUGAUGGGCUUGGUGUAGAAACUAUCAAAACUAUUCAAAAAUUCAAAAGAAGAAACAAGAAAUAUUUUGAAGCGUUUUGUAGACCUCACGAUUUAUCUAUUGAUACUUUAAUGCAAGUAAUUGGAGAGGAUAUUUUGAAGGAGGUUAUUGCUGAUGUUUGUGACGAAUUCUCUGAUGCCAUGUCAGAUAUUGUUAAAAACACAGCCGCUCAAGAAUUUGGAAUGAAUGAAACAUCUUCAGAUAUUUCAUCAUCAAUGAAUAGGACAAAUGAUGAAGACCUUUCUACCACAUUAAAAUCGUCCUUGUAAUCCUGUUAUUUCUUUGUUGAAGGGACGAUCUUAUUAAAAGACAAAAAACGUCUGUGAGCGUUACAAUGAAUACUAAAUGUUACAGAUGUUUCAGAAUUAACUUAUCUGGGUCUUAAAAGUACCAAAUAAGUUAGCCAUUUUCUGUACAAACAUCGGUUCAAAAUUCUUCGAUUUCUUUCAUUAAAAUAUCAAAAUAAAAACGCUUAAUUGUUGUGAU